AAUCCGAUCCCUCGUUCCCGCCAGCUUUUCCCGCCAAAGUAAAGGGGAAAAUAUUCGCGAAGAAGGAGAACUUGAAAGUUAUAACUUGGAGGAGGGUACAAAACAAAAGAUCGAAGAGGAAAGGAAUGAAAUGGAGGCGGCCCCAACAGGAUGCUACAAGUGUGGCCGACCAGGCCACUGGUCGCGUGAUUGCCCCUUUUCUCCUUCAAACCCUGAUCCCUCUUCUUCUCUCAAGCCUACUCCUGCAGAUGAUGGAGCCCUUUCUGUUCGCAAGCCAGCCGAUAAACCCAAGAAGCUCCCUAGAACCAGGCCUAAGCUCACCCCCGAGCUUCUUCUCUCCGACGAUGGCCUUGGUUACGUUCUACGUUAUUUCCCUCGCGCCUUCAAGUACCGCGGCCGCGGGAAUGAGGUUCGUGAUUUGGGUAACCUUAUAGAGUUAUACUGUGAAUGGCACUCUCGCUUGCUCCCCUAUUACUCAUUCAAUCAAUUUAUUCACAAAGUGGAGCAAGUUGCUGCUACAAAGCGUGUCAAGACUUGCCUCAGAGAAUUGAGGGAGAGAGUUGCUAAUGGUGGAGAUCCAACAAGGCUGCGCGAACACCCAGUUGAGCAUGGCUUUCCGGUUGACAAGGAUGAAGGUGGGGAAGCCAGUCAUCAACAGGGAGACGUGUUUCUAGAAUCCCAGAAUGCUGAGAACGUUGAAGAUAUUCUUAAUGAAGUUUUCGAUGAAGCUACUGCAGAACCUUCUCAGUUCAGAGAUUCCAUUGCGGAAACAUCAACCGCAGUUUCAAACAGUGGAACCAACUCUGCUGGUAAAGCUAAAAUAACAGAAGAGCAGAGGGCUCGACUGGAAGCAAAUAGGUUAAAGGCACUAGAGAGGCGUGCUGCUCUAGCCCUCUCAUCAAAGGCCACCUAACUCUGAUCGCAGUGACAUCCGUUUUAAGUGGAUACGUUUUUAAAAAAUCCCUUUACAUGGUGCGCAAAACCUUUUUUUGUUGAAUUGAUUCGAUUUUGUAGACUGUUUUUCAAUGUGAAGUUCAAACUGGCAUAUUGUCGUUGA